UUGCUAUCCAUCUUGGAAAAACUAAUAUCCAUCUCCAUUUCCUCCGCGUCAAUGGUAGGCCAGGCGGUCGCCGACGCCGUGAUGGACCAAGCCGCGCUCUGCCUGCUCCUCCUCCGUCACCUUGGAAGCCUCGAUGAGGGAAUGCCCACGCCCACCACCAACCUCGCCUUCUCGCCGAUCUCCUUCCACGCAGUGCUCUCCCUCCUGGCCGCGGGUGCCUCCGGCGCCACGCGCGACCAGAUCGUCACCUUUCUCGGCCCCGCGGGCGCAGAGGCACACGCCGCGCUCGCGUCGAAGGUCGCAUCCUUCGUCCUCGCCGGGCGGGGGUUGGCCCAGGCCCACGGAGCCACCGGCGUCUGGGUCGACGCCUCGCUACGCCUCAGUCCUACGUUCGCCGACACGGCCGCCGCUGUCUACAAGGCCGACGCUCGAUCGGUGGACUUCAGCAACAAGCCCAGGGAGGCGAUGGCCGAGAUCAAUGAGUGGUUCGAGAGCAAAACACGCGGCCUCGUCAAGAACAUUGUCUCUGAGCGCGAUUGCGACGGCUCCACGGCGCUCGUCCUCGGCAACUCGGUCUUCUUCAGCGGCUACUGGAACUCCCCCUUCUUCCCAGGGGCCACCGAGGAAGGCAGGUUCUAUGUCAACGCCUCGCCGGAGGAUCACACUGUUCGCGUGCCGUUCAUGAAGGGGAGCCCGUUUCAGCAGAUCGGCGUCCACCCCGGCUUCAAGGUCCUGCGCAUGCCCUACCGCGGCGACUUUGGCGACAGCGACCCGUUGUUUGCCAUGUACAUCUACCUCCCCGACGACCGCGACGGCCUGCCGGCACUCGCGCGAACGCUCAGCGCCAGCCCCGCCGCGCUCCUGCACAGGUCGGUCGUGCCGGAGCAGCCCGUCCCGUUGGGCGAGCUCAAGAUCCCCAAGUUCGAGGUGUCGGUGAGGGUGGAGGCGUCGCGGAUGCUGCGUAACCUGGGGCUGGAGCUGCCGUUCCGUCGCUCCCGCGACUCGUUCUCGGAGAUGCUGAGCCCGCCGGCGCCUCCGGUGGCCGUCUCGUCCGUGGUCCACCAGUGCGUCGUCAAAGUCGAUGAGCGCGGGACCGUGGCCGCCGCAGGCACCGUGGCGAUGUCGGCGGGGUUUGGCAUGGUACGUGAUCGCCCUGUGGACUUCGUGGCAGAUCACCCUUUCGCCUUCUUCCUCAUGGAGGAUGUCAGUGGCGUGGUGGUAUUUGCAGGCCAUGUCGUCAAUCCUUUGAGCCACUGAUCGAUCGAUUACCAGCUCUGCUCUGCUAGCCAGGCCGGAAUAGUGCUUUUGCUAAAGUAACUGAUUUUUCUGUAUCCUUGUUGGUGUAACAGCGGAAGUAAAAUGAGCACGCGUUUAGUAAUUUUAGUGCACGCGUUAAGUUGGAAGGGAUUACUAGUAGAAACAAUCUGCAGAAGCAACUUAAUUCGUAAUGUCCUAAUUAUAAACUGAUCAAGUCAAAAACAGUUGUGUUCAUUUCAGUUUUGACUUAGUAAUUUCAAGUUGUGUAGCUGCUUUUCUCUUUUCUGCUUUUGUUCAAGUUGUUGGAAGCAAUCUCUUGGUAUGCUGCGUGGAUCAGCAGAUUGUUUAUGGAUGGUAUCUGGGGUUUGAGGCAAUGGUUCAUGAUUAUGUUGAAUUAUUCAGUACUGAUGUAUGAGGUUCACAUAAAAAUAACACUCAAGUUCCCUUU